AAUAUUAUAAACAGCACAGAAAAAUCUCCACCACCCCAAUGACUACUUCAAGCCACAUCUCCAGAUUGCCUUGCCUGGUCCUCCUGGGGCUGUUCCUUCUCCUGGGAAUCCCUGCCACGCCAUCCCAGCCCUCGAUCAGUCCCCCUCCUGGCAGAGUGGAGCCGGGGGCCUCAGCAACUUUCAGCUGUACCUCCGCUGGAUUCUCCCCUCCAGCCAUCACUGUCACCUGGUUGAAGGACGGGAGAGGACUCUCUGCCAGGCAGCCCAUCGUCCAGCCCCCGGGAGACAGCACCUCCUACGAGGUCACGAGCACUGUGGAUGUCCAGCUCACGAAAAUGGAUGUCAAGUCCCAGCUGACCUGCCAGAUCCAGCACAGCACCUUGAAGGCCCCCUUGCAGCAGACUAUUAGACUUGGAAGUGUCCUACGAGUUCCCCCCACGGUGCAAGUGGAAACAACCAGCCCCCCUCCUCCCAUCCAGCUGAAUGCAUUAGUGAUGAUCACUUGCAAAGCAGAAAGAUUUUACCCCAGUGAUGCAACCUUGGUCUGGUUGGAGAACGGCAAAGAGACUGGUCAAGGGAAGACUGACCCCGUGACCCAGGAUUCGAAUGGGUUGUUCUCCCUCAAGAGUUCCUUGGAGGUGAAUGCAACUGAGGAGAAGAACAUGACGGAGUUCACCUGCCGGGUCAAGCAUGAUUCCCAGCCUCCAGUUAAUGGAAGCCUUGAACUGAAAAUCGGGGUGCAGCCUCCAAAAGACGGCGAUCCAUUUGUGCCAGGUAAAGGUCAAUGGCUAUUGUCGAACCCUGGUCUCUGGAUUGGACUUUUCCUGAGCAAGUGUGUAGGUUUUCUUCUCCUUGUAUACCUUUUCCUAAGAAAAGAACAUGGAAAGAUUACUCUGCAACAUAUGAUUAAGAGUGCUCAGGGAACAGGAAUGGCAGCAGAGAGUCCCACCUAGGGCUUCUCUGGGCUUUCUUUCACUGCCCCCUUGCUGUGGAAGGAAGCAGGAGCAAGACCCACCAAAUGGGUUGCAGCUUGUGAACCAAGAAUUAAACACUGAGCUCUGCUCCUCUUAUCUAAGUUCUAGAUUGGAUCUGCUGUUUAAAAAUAUUCUCUGAACACUCACUCACUUGCUUUCAUUGUACUAAAGGAUGUGCAACAGUUUUUUUAAAAAAAAUAUUUCAAACAAGCAGGAUGUUAAUUUAAGAUAAACUGAUAGAGCAGGAAGAGAAGGCAGUGGGCAUGAAAAGAAAAAAGAACAGGAAUAAGUGUUAGCUUAAAAGACUCUGCAACCUCAGCAGAAGAUUCAAUUCAAUUCAAUUCAUUUAUUACGAUCACAGACCAGUACAGUGUACAAACAGAAGUCCAACAAAAAAGCCUACAGAACCUACAGAUUUAUAAUGCAGUGUUAAGCACAUACUUAAGCAUACAGAUCAGUUAACAAUGAUUCUUAAUGAACUCCUGGUGGAUUUUACUGGCUAUCAAACAGAACUUAGCCAGAACUUAGCCAUAUGACUGGUCUCUGGGUCAUCUCGGAGAGACCCCAUUACUCCUCUGCUGAUGGAGCUACACUGGCUGCCAAUAGGUUUCUGGACAAAAUACAAAGUGCUAGUUAUAACUUAUAAAGCCCUAAAUGGCUUAGGCCCUGGGUAUUUAAGAGAGUGUCUUCUCCACUAUGAGCCACACUGCCCAUUGAAGUAAUCUGAGGAGGUCCGUCUUCAGUUACCGCCGACUCAUCUGGUGGCUACACAGAGACGGGCCUUCUCGGCUGCUGCCCCAAGGUUGUGGAAUGCCCUCCCUCCUGUGAUACGAUCUGUCCCAUCUCUGGCAAUUUUUAAAAAAACAUCUGAAAACCUAUCUUUUCACCCAAGCUUUCCCAGUUUUAAAAAAUUGUCUCUCUUAAUUUUAUGGCUGUUUUUAAAUUGUUGCAUUGUUUUAACUUUUUAAUAUGUGUUUUAAUUGUUUUAUGCUAACCACCUAGAGACAAAAAUUUGGGCAGUAUAGAAGUUUACUCAAUCAAUAAAUAAAUAUUAUCAGAUCUUAGGUCAUUCUGGUCAUUUAAAAGAUAAUCAAGAUAAAAAGAAUCUGUACAACCUGGAUGGCAACUAAUAAAAGGGGUUAUAUGUUGUCAGAGAUGCAGGUUAUGGGCGGUAUAGAAAUGUAAUACAUAAAUAAAUGUU